UUAGAAUCUUAAAAAGAAUAAAACAACAAGAAAAAAAGAAAAAGAUUAAAAUCGUGACAGAAACGCAGCUAGGUUCAGUUUGUUACAAACUCAUCCCUGUCUGGUGCUGCCACAAUGAGUGGGAAAUCCCUGCUCUUAAAGGUCAUUCUCUUGGGUGAUGGCGGAGUUGGGAAAAGUUCGCUUAUGAACCGUUAUGUAACCAAUAAAUUUGACUCCCAGGCUUUUCACACCAUAGGGGUAGAAUUCCUAAAUCGAGAUCUGGAGGUAGAUGGGCGCUUUGUAACUCUCCAGAUCUGGGACACUGCAGGGCAGGAACGUUUCAAGAGCCUUAGGACACCCUUCUACAGGGGUGCAGACUGCUGCCUCUUGACCUUCAGUGUGGAUGACCGACAGAGCUUCGAGAACCUUGGUAACUGGCAGAAAGAAUUCAUCUACUAUGCAGAUGUGAAGGACCCUGAGCACUUCCCCUUCGUAGUUCUGGGUAACAAGGUAGACAAGGAGGAUAGGCAAGUGACUACUGAGGAGGCACAAGCCUGGUGCAUGGAGAAUGGGGACUACCCUUAUUUAGAAACGAGUGCCAAAGAUGAUACUAAUGUGACAGUGGCCUUUGAAGAAGCUGUCAGGCAGGUAUUAGCUGUAGAGGAACAGCUGGAGCAUUGCAUGUUAGGUCACACCAUUGACUUGAACAGCGGAUCCAAAGCAGGAUCUUCAUGCUGUUAAAUGCAGGAAGCCUUUUGAAAGUGUGCCCCACAUUGGUCAGUUAGUAGUGUAAGAGUAACCGUGCCCCUCUAAGAGUGCACACACGCACAAGAGGGCAAGUGACAAGGUUCUGAUUGUGAAACAGAGCCUUUCAAAAUGAUACCAUAGAGCAAUUUAAAAAAAAAAAAAAAAAAGCUUUAUCAAGCCAAGUGUAUUUUGCGUGAUUUCUGCUAUUUCCCCUUCUUGUGUGUCUCAGGACAUGUCACAGAUUUUCAGUCCUGAGAAAUUUCAAUAUUUAAAAUCACAGUUUAAACCUAGAACCCAGCCGCAUGAAGGAGUUAAAGAGCUGCAGUCAUUUCUUAAAGCGUUCCAUCGAUCAACUAGCAAAUGUCACCAUCAGACUCUUGCCAAGUGGUUCCUGUCAUUUCUGCCAAAGGGGGAAAAACAGACCCUGAACUAUAUUAUAAUGAAAAUAAUAACGCAAACAAGGAUUCCUAAGCUUGAAUUAUAAAGGGGUUGUGAUGAUUAGAAGUACAAAAGUAUAAUUAUGUACACCGACUUGUUUAAAUUUUUAUGUAUGGUUUGCUCCCAUCUGAGCUUUUCACAAAAUACCGCCUCAAUGAGAGAUACUCUAAUGACACUGGAAAUGGAUUAUACUUCUUGUGUUUGAAGUCACAGGACACUAGUGAAUGGAUUAUGCUUAAAUAUGCCAACCCCCUUGCAAAUAAAUGGUUGGGCUGCUUUUACAUCAUAAGUCUACUUUUGCUGCAUAGAGAUGUUGCUUCUCUGACAACCUCUUACCAAUUUAGCAGUGCCGCUUAGUAUAUGGCUUUGGGUGCAGUGCUGUCUGCUCAUAAUCUAAAUGGUCCUUUGGUCCACCCCGCUGGGCUCAGAGCAGGCUUCAGAAAAGAUUGGGGGAUAAUGGGCUUUUCUCACAAGGUUUCUUAACUCAAGUAUUUAUUGCAGAAGAAGGAACUGAUUUCUUAUAUGUUGCACUGUACAUUCAGCCAGCCAAACCAGGACUUUGAAAGUGACCAGAGCGCAGAUUCGAACCUGUGUUAGAAUGAAUUUCUCAUAAUUAGAGUUGUCCAACAGUGGAAUACUGCCUUAAUAGUGAGCUCCCUCCCAGUGAAAAUAUUUGCUGGAUGACCAUCUGUAAAAAUAACAUAAAAAUGAAUUACUGCACUGGCUAUAUGUUUAGUAUAAAGUCCCUUCUAGCUCCAAGCUCAAUGAAUCUAUAAAUGACAUCAGAGCCAUGUUAUGGUUAGAUUUAUCUGAAGAUAACAGGUAAGACUAUGGGGAGGGACUAAAAAUUCCCAAACCAUUUUUUUUAAUCAACCUUUAGUAGCAACUACAUAGCUCUUUUACUUUUGCACUGUGAAAGGAACAAAUUUGAAGCUCUGAGUAAUCUUGUGUACCCUGAUAUAAACAUCCAUUGAUACCGUGUUGAAAUACAAAAAUGGUUUGACAAUUUUUGAUUACCGUGACUGCCACUUAUUUACUAUACUAUGAGUAUGCAGUCUAGUUCUUGUUGGUUGAUAUGUUUGUCCUGCACAGUGUUGAAUCUGUUCUUUAAAACACCUAGGAUACAAGUAGUGACUCAAGGUAAUGAGGGACAGUUGGAAAUGAGCCCCAAAAGAGACUUAGGCCCCGGAGAGGUGGGAGCUUUCACAGGAAUACAGCCUAGAACUCUCCAUUGUAGCCACAUAUGGAAUUCGCCUUACAUAUGGGACCUUUUGUGCUUUAAGAGCUCUGGGACUUUUUGGCCACAUAGACAAGAGGAGGACAGUAAUUCAACUCAGUCACACUCAAUAUUUCUAAUAUUCUAUGAAAUAGUCCUGACCCCAUUGUCCAAUUAACUUUGAUGCCAGAAAUCAAAGCCAAAACUGGGAUCCCCACAGUUCUUAAGUAUUGGUCCCUACCCUGCCUAUGCCUAUAGCCAGCCACACUGGUUUCCAAGUUGUAUGAUCAUUUUGCUACAAUUAUGUUAGGGUGAAAAUCUGUACGUUGGAACUGUUAAAUGCCAAUUAUUUAUUUUUAAGUGCAUGAGACCUGGGGCCUUCUCUUUCUACUUGCACUCUGCUUAUACUAGUUUCUAUUUGUAGAUCUCAGGCCUUCAUACAGACUUCCAUCAACUCACAAAAGUACUUGUCUCUACUAGAGUGGCAUGUGGUCAUUUGAGUAAAACCAAUUACAUGGGUAUCUGAUUCAUAGGCAUCCUGUCCAUCCAAGACAAGUGUUAAUUUUAUGGGCAGGUCAGCUGAAGCCCCUUUCUGCUUAGCCAUACCAAUUUGUUCUCUGCCAAAUUACUAUAUAAUAUCUUAAUGAAAGCGCUUAACAUUGACAAAACAGUGCCAUUUUGGUGAGUAGCACUCAGUGAGGUGCUGACAUAUAGUAUGCGUAAGAUUUAAAAACACCAAAGGCUGUAAUCUGUGAGUACCAGGAACUGUGCAUAUAGGUUUAGAAAUUGACUCUGUACUCUAGAAUGUGUAGUGCAAUAUUUUCAAUAGGUGUUUUUUUUUUAAUGCACACUAGAUUUUGGAAUAAUAUAUUUCUAAUUAUAACUAUACUGUUUUUCAAUGGUCCAUUAGAAUAUUAUACAGAAUAUCUCUUUUGUUUAUUGUGUGUAUCGGCUUUCAGGGGGCCUCAGAUUCCAUAUGUCUUCAGUGGAUUGAUGAAUUUCAGGUUAAUUUGUGCCUGCCUCAGCCGUCUCUACUUUAUCCUGAGGUAUUCCACAAUCCUAUUGUUGCAGGUGCUGCUAAAAAUCUCAGAAUUGUGUAUCAGAUCUUUCUUUCAACUGUAAAAAAGAAAAAAAAAAAGAAAAAAAAAACUGUGUUCAAGUGAAUAAAAAGUGCAUUUUGAAUAA